CCCGAAGUCCCGAGCCUCCGAAGCUCGGCUUACAAUCCCACGAUGUCUCUUGUGUACUUAUAUGCUUGCCGUGGUAGUAAUAUGCCCCAGCCCUUUACGCCAUCCUGUCCGGUUCUUAUUCUACGCGGUUUCCAUUACCUCCUCCUAGUCAAUACUCCCAGAACCUCAUUCACCAUGUCUGCCCCUCCGCCCGCGGGCAUGUACGUGCCUGUGCCUACCUUCUUCGCAGCCAAGAAGACGGCCAACUACGACGCCACCACCCCGCCGCUGGACAUCGAGACCCAGGGCGCGCACGUCGUGUAUCUAGCCAAAGCGGGCAUACGCGGCGUCGUGGCGCUGGGCAGCACGGGAGAGGCGGUGCACCUGCACCCGCGCGACAGGACCAAGGUGCUCGGCGGCAUCAAGGCCGCGCUGGAGAAGGAGGGCUUCAAGGACUACCCCAUCAUUGCGGGCACGGCGACGAACAGCGUGGAGGAGACGGUGGAGCAGCUCAAGGAUGCGCACGCGGCCGGCGCCCAGUGGGGGUUGUGUCUUGUGCCGGGGUACAAUGCCGUUGUGACGACGCAGGAUGGCAUCAUCCGGUGGUUCACGGCCGUGGCUGACCAGAGCCCCAUCCCCGUUAUGAUCUACCACUAUCCCGGCGUCUCAAACAAUGUCAAGGUCAUCCCCUCCACAUACGCCACGCUCUCCAAGCACCCCAAUAUCGUGGGCUGCAAGCUGUCGCACGGCGACGUGUCAUACCACGCCCAGAUCGGCGCCAACCCAGCCAUCGACCCGGACCACUUCCACGCCUUCACCGGCCUGGGCCAGCAGCUGCUCCCCGUAAUGUCCGUAGGCAUCUCUGGCGCCAUCGACGGCUCCGCGGGCUUCUUCCCCAAGACUUUGGUGCGCCUGUACGAGCUGUCGGCCAAGAGCCAGCCCACACCCGCCGAGGUGGCCGAGCGCCGCCUGCUGCAGUUCAAGGUCAGCUCGAUGGAGGAGAUUGUGGUGCGGUAUGGAACUGUCGGCAUUAAGGAGGCCGUCAGCAGGUUGAGGGGCUUUGGCGACGUUGACGGCACGAGGCUGCCGCUCUUCGGGGGAAUUCCUGGCGGUGAUGUUGAAUGGGUCAACUGGAAGCCGGUGCUUGACGCUGUUGAUGAGGUUGAAAAGUCUUUGUAAUUGUGUAGAGGAUAGAAGAAUUUAAACAAAACUGAAGACAACCACCGACUCAUCUACUCUAAAGUCACAAGUCCAUGAAUUUAAAACCAUGUAUUCACAAACAUUCAACCAUUGUCACCGACCACUUGACAAAAAGUAAAGACAGAUCUCGG